UAAAUUUUUUAUAUGCAAAGAUGCGCAAUGUAUCUAUGCGUCUUUACCUCCAAACAUGUUAGCAGUGGCAGUAUUGGUGAAAAUAUUUACAUUUUAUUUUAACAAACAAAAGAUUAAAGAUCUUACAGAUCGUUUGUUUAUGAAUUGGGAUAUGCUCGAGAAUCAAGAAGAACGCGAGAUUAUGAGAAAAUAUACGAAGACUGGCAAAUGGUACGCAUUGAUAUAUGCUUUUUAUGUUCAUAUUGCAGGUUAUAUCUAUAUAGGUCUUAUGUUAUUUGCAUCAAUCGCUUUAAUACCACGCAUCUUGGACAUUGUAUUUCCUUUAAAUACUUCCCGUCCGAUAGAAUUAGUAUAUCCGGCAUAUUACUUUGUUAACGAGGAGAAAUAUUUCUACUAUAUUUUUUGCCAUAUGAUAAUUAGCGCAGAAUUAAGUUUGACUGGAGUAGUCGCGACUGACAGUAUGCUCUUUGUUUACAUGGAACAUCUUUGUGGCCUUUUUGCUGUGAUUGGAUUUCGAUUUGAACAUAUGUUGUAUAAAUAUAAUAAUGUGAAAAAGUUGAUGAUUAAUCGCUCUGAUGACAUGUAUUGCAAAAACGUUAUGUUUGCAGUUCACGUUCAUCGAGAAGCAUUGCAGUUUGCGAUACUCCUUGAAAAUACUUUUUCAUUGUCCUUUGGUAUACAAAUGCUGAUAGCUGUAGUUGGCAUGAGCAUUAGUUUAGUACAAUUCACGAUGCAGUUGCACGAUUUCGGCGAAGCAAUGAGAUAUAUGUUAUUCAUUGGCGGUCAAUUGAUUCACUUAUUCUGUUAUAGCUUCCAAGGGCAAAAAUUAAUAAAUCACAGUACCGGAAUUUGUGACAAAAUAUAUAAUGGCUCGUGGUAUGAAAUACCCAUAACUGCGCAAAGGCUGCUCUUAAUGGUGAUGAGAAAGGGCAUCGAGGCCAGUACUUUCACUGCCGGCAAAAUAUAUGUAUUCUCUUUAGCAAAUUUCACGGCGGUAAAACGAUCAUUAUUCCAUGUUCCAUCCCAGAGGAUAAGCUACCAGUCGUACAAAGUUUCAUUAAUCGAUCUCGCGGUUUUGAAAACGCAGUGUCUCUUAAAAACUAUGGAUGCUACUUGGAAUUAUUAUUACAAUUUUGUUUACAAAAUAUCAUCGCUCGUUGGUUUGUGGCCAUUUUUGAAACCAAGAACAAGAAUAUUUCGCGUUACUGUAUUCACAAUAACUUCAUUUACUGCUUUCAUUCCUCAGAUAGCAUUUCAAUUUACAUGCAAGGAAGACUUGCGGUGUACUUUUAAGGCGAGUACGUCGUACCUGUAUACGAUAUUGAUUAUGUUAAAGAUGUACACAUUUCAAUUAAACAUCAACACAAUGAAGGAUCUUACUCGACACCUGUUCGUCGAUUGGAAAAAAGCCGAAAAUCCCGAAGAAUACAAAAUAAUGAAAUUAUAUGCCCAGAAUAGUCGCCGAUUCUCUCUGUUGUAUUUGAUAUAUUGCUCAAUGGGGAUAUUUAUAUUUGUGUCAAUAUCCCUUAUACCAUUCGUACUCGAUAUCGUAUCGCCUCUUAAUCAAUCCCGUCCGGUAUUACUGCCAUAUCCAGGAUACUAUUUCGUGGACAUUCGCGAAUAUUUCUUGCAAAUUUUCUGGCAUUCUCUCGUAGCGUGGCAGAUUCUUACGACCGGCAUAAUCGCCCACGAUUGUAUGUACGUGACUUUCGUCGAGCAUAUUUGCAGCAUGUUCUCUGUGAUUGGAUAUACGAAACUUCUAGAAGAUACCUUCAAUAUGCCUUUUGCUGCACAAAUGUUGAUAGUAACAGUUGGGAUGAGCCUUACCUUGUUACAACUUUCACGGCAGGAUAGCAAUUUACUGGACUUGAUAAGAUACAUGUUAUAUGUCAUUGGUCAACUGAUUCAUUUAUUCAUUCUUAAUUUUGAGGGACAGAAACUGAUAGAUCAUAGUGUUCAGACACGCGAUAGAAUAUACAAUAGCGCCUGGUACAAAGCAUCUAUAAAAUCGCAAAAACUAUUCAUGCUGGUGAUGAUGAAAUGUCUUCGACCCAGCGUUAUAAGCGCUGGCAGAAUUUACAUUUUUUCUCUGGAAAGUUUCUCCAUGGUUUUACAAACUUCAAUGUCAUACUUCACAGUGCUCGCAUCCUUUCAAUAGUUAGGAGAUAAUCGAGUGAUGAAGUGACGAUAUCAGGACAUCAUCAAUGUUAGAAUUCAGUAAUGAUUUCAACAGGGUACCAAUAUAUUCUCACAAAAUAAAAAU